UGCAGAUGCGAAAGCAACCUGCAACCAGGAUUUAACUGCACAAUUCGAAUCGAAAAAUGCAAGCUCGACAAGCAAAGGCGAUCCUGUAAGAAAUCUAACAACUUUCAGAACAAUGUCAUUUACCAGUGCAACUUCUGUCAUCAUCGCAACGCAAUUAAGGGCACCACAAAAGGCCAUCUCAAAGCCCUGAUAUCUUCAAAAGAAUCAAGAGCAGAUCCGGCAGCAGAAUCAAACCUUCAUUGUUCACUCAAUGAGAAAACAGCUGAAAGGUUGCAGAAAGAAGAUGGAGAUCCUAUACUGAAAUCAAAUAGUUUCUCUAUUCCUACAACUGGAGAUCAUAAUGAUCAAAAUACUCAUACUCCUGUGACUCCAUUAAAAUCGACUGUGCUGUCGAAGAACAAGAGGAAGAUGAUCGAGUUGGAAUCUGGAAAGCUUCAGCCUAGCAGCAGUGGGGGAGGGUCCAGUAGGAGGAAGAGGAAAACAUGGUCAAAUCUGAAAGAUAUAGUUGAGAGGAAAGAAGCUGAAAGCAAUCAAAAUGUUAGCAAUUAUGUGAUUCCUUUCUUCUUGCAGACAUAGCAGAUGAACAAUCUUAGACUUUAUUUGGAACAAUUUUUUUAAGUAAUUUUUUAAUAAAAAAUUUGAAAACUGCUUUAAACAGCAA